CGCAUGCGCAUGUCUACCAUGCUUUAGCGCACGCCGUGGCUAGCUAGCUCGUUAGUAGUAAGGCUACUGAUGAAGAUGUGGUUUACUAGAUUACAAAAAUAUCUGGUACACAGAAAGACGAUUUAGUGCGAGUGUAUGUAUUCUUCCAAAUAGUUACAACUUUGUUAUUCAAUAGAAGAGAUGGGGAAAAGCAAGACUAAGAACCAGAAGAAGGCCCGUACAGCGUCCAGCCGCGUGGCCGAGGGGGCGUUCGGCAGCGUGCCGCACUCCUUCGUGUUUCACCGCGGUCAGAUCGGCAGGAACGCGGCGCAGCUUGUCACGGACAUGCGUCGCGUGAUGGAACCUUACACCGCGCGCUCUUUGAAGGUUCGAAAGAAAAACGUCUUGAAAGAUUUUGUGACCGUGGCAGGACCGCUUGGAGUCUCACACUUUCUUAUAUUCACCAAAACCCCCAACAGUAUUAAUUUAAGACUGGCACGACUUCCCAAAGGUCCCACUCUCCACUUCCGGGUUACUAAGUAUUCCCUCAUCAAAGACGUGAUUUCCUCAUUGAAGAGGCACAGGAUGCACGGACAGCAGUUUACGUACCACCCGCUGCUUGUGUUGAAUAACUUUGGUAUAGAGGGCAUGCAUGUCAAGCUAACAGCCACCAUGUUUCAGAACAUGUUUCCCUCCAUUAAUGUGCACCAGGUGAACCUCAACAACAUAAAGAGAUGCGUACUGGUCAAUUAUGAUCCCGCAUCUCAAGAAAUCGAGUUUCGUCAUUACAGUCUGAAGGUGGUCCCGGUGGGCAUGAGCCGAGGGGUGAAGAAGAUCAUACAGGAGAAGUUCCCCAACAUGAACAAGUUGGAAGACAUCAGCGAUCUGCUCCUGAGGGGGGUGAAUCUGUCGGAGAGCGAGGCCGAGCAGGACGGCGAGCACAACAUCACGGAGCUGCCGCAGGUGUACGCCGGCCGCGGGAACAUGCAAUCCCAGCAGAGCGCUGUUCGCCUCACUGAGAUUGGCCCUAGAAUGACCCUGCAGCUGGUGAAGAUUGUGGAGGGUAUGGGAGAGGGAAAUGUGAUCUAUCAUUCUACUAUCACAAAAACGGAGGAGGAGCUUCAGGAGAUCCUGAAGAGGAAAGAGGCCCGUCUGAAGGAGAAGGCCGAGCGCAGAAGGACUCAGGAGCACAACAUAGCCUUGAAGAAGGAGAAACGAGAGGAUAGCAGGAAAAAGAGUCUGGAAGGUAUGAAGAGGAAAAGACAGCAGGCAGAGGUCGUGUCCGAUGAGGGUGAUGUGGAGGAUCCUGGAAUGCAGGAGGACCAGGUGGCAGCUGAGGAGUCAGAAGAUGAGGCAGAGUACUACAGACAGGCCGUCGGGGAGGAACCUGAUGAAGACAUGUUCCCCUCUGCAAAAAGGAAGCGAACUUCAGCUAUCUCGCCCAGGCCUUUCAAAAAAAGGAAACCUGAUUCAAAAGCGUCUGGUGGAGCAAAACAAAGUCCCAAGUCUGCUGGGAAGUCAACGUUUGGUGCCAAAUGCCCUGCGGGCAGGAGGCUUGGAGGGAAGAGAAUCAGUAGAUUUAGCGUAAGAAGCAAAGGGUUCGGAGGUAGAAAAAUGGGGGAAGCUGAGAAGAGGUUUGACAGGAGCAAAGCUGGGAAGACGUUUGGAGGAAACCAAAAGGAAAGGUCAAGAGGAAAGAAUACUGGGCCCCAGACUUCAAAGAUUAAAGGACAAAGAUCAAAGAUGGGUUCAGGAUUUAAGGCAGGCCCACGCAGCGGUCGAGCAAAGCAGAGCUCGAAACAGAAGGGCAAGAGGUGAACAACUGAACUUCUCCAACUAUAACUAUGCCAGCAGAAUAUAUCCUUGUCUAAUUGAAGCAUGUGACAUGUUCUUCUCUCAGAUAUGGUGAAAGGUUGUCAAAAUGUACUUCUGCAUUGUACAGAAAAAGGCAUGUAUCUUACAUUUACUGCAAAUAAAUACUUCUGUAGAA